UGCAGACUACAUCAGCAUCUGCACUCAUAUUCAAAAGCAGCGUGAAAGCUGAAACACCUGGGUUAAAGUGAAAGAAAGGAUCGGGCAAGCGGAGACCUCUUGGGGUGAGGUACAGGGCUAUGAACUGGAUGCUGUGAGGACCAGGAGGAAGGAGGUACAGCCUCGGCAGGGCCGAUGUGUGACCGAAAAAGCUCCAAGAGGCAUGGGGGGAAGCGGGAGUCUCGUUCUUCAGGAGGAGCUGUGGAGGGAGUUGGAGGAGGAGGUGUGGAGGCUCCCACGGUCCUGGUAGUGCACGACGUUAAGGAGUUUCUUGCUAAAGCCAAAGAAGAUUUCCUAAAGAAAUGGGAGAACCCAGCACAGAAUACCGCAUCUUUGGACCACUUUGAAAGGUUGAAGACUCUGGGCACCGGCUCGUUCGGUCGAGUCAUGCUUGUCAAGCACAAAGAAUCAGGCCAGCAUUUUGCCAUGAAGAUCCUUGACAAACAGAAGGUGGUGAAACUGAAACAGAUAGAACAUACACUGAAUGAGAAACGCAUCCUACAGGCUGUCAGCUUCCCGUUCCUGGUGCGAUUGGAGCACUCGUUCAAGGACAAUACUAACCUGUAUAUGGUAAUGGAGUAUGUUCCUGGAGGAGAGAUGUUUUCUCACUUGCGUAGAAUCGGACGGUUCAGUGAGCCUCAUGCCCGAUUCUAUGCCGCCCAGAUAGUUCUGACCUUUGAAUACCUUCAUUCGCUUGAUCUUAUCUAUCGAGAUCUGAAGCCUGAAAACCUGCUUAUAGACCAGCAGGGCUACAUACAGGUAACAGAUUUUGGAUUUGCUAAACGUGUAAAGGGCAGGACCUGGACACUGUGUGGCACGCCUGAGUACCUGGCACCAGAAAUCAUCCUCAGUAAAGGUUAUAAUAAAGCAGUGGACUGGUGGGCUCUGGGAGUGCUCAUCUAUGAGAUGGCUGCCGGUUACCCUCCUUUCUUUGCUGACCAGCCCAUCCAGAUAUACGAGAAGAUUGUGUCUGGGAAGGUCCGCUUCCCCUCCCAUUUUAGCUCUGACCUGAAGGAUCUGCUGAGAAACCUGUUGCAGGUAGAUCUGACCAAACGCUUUGGUAACCUCAAGAACGGCGUCAAUGACAUCAAGGGUCACAAAUGGUUUGCAACCACCGACUGGAUCGCAAUCUACCAGAAGAAGGUGGAGGCUCCCUUCAUCCCAAAGUGCAAAGGCCCCGGGGACACCAGCAACUUUGAUGACUACGAGGAAGAAGAAAUUCGUGUCUCCAUCACAGAGAAAUGUGGAAAGGAGUUUUCUGAAUUCUAGAAGCAGCAGCUGCAGUGGAGGAGGGAUAGGGAUGGAGAGAAUUAGAUGUGGGGCAACAAAGAAAGAGUGAAGCAAAUGUUUUCCAGGGAGAGAUGAUAGACUGGACUGAGCCUGUAUCCGGUAACAACAACACUACCACAAGAGCCCUCACACAUGAAUGGAGGGAGAAGAACCAGAGAGUCCUGAGAGAGCGCCAGCAGUGUUGCCUUUUCAGAUCCUUCAUCACUUGUUACUUGUCCAUUUUCAUGUUUUUCCUCUCGUUUGGUAGCCAGGGUCCACUGGGCAAAGAUUCGGUCGCGUUUCUGUGACUAGCUGGCAUGGGGAUAUGUGAUUUUUCUUUUUUUUUAAUUAUUAUUAUUAUUAUUUUUCCAGAGAUAUAGAGGUUACUUUCUGGUACUGAAUUUUGGCUUCUUCAGAGAAAAUGACCCCUGUAUUUCUCCACCCUUCCACAUACCUCCAGUGCACCUACCCAUCUACAAUACCAAGUCAAACCAACUUGCACAUUUCAAAGAACUAGAACAAAAGAUUUUGAGAUAUAGCCCAUUUCUCAUUUGAAUUUUAAGCAUCACACCACCAUAAUUUGGAAAAUUUUCAUACUUCGCUCGAAGUUCAGGCAAUUAGUUUAAAGAUUGUUGGUUUGGACAGUCACUCAUAGUUCUCUAGAUUCGAUUAGGUUCAAACUGUUUGCUUGACAUGAUAUAUCUAGAUCAAAUUAUUCAUUUCUUGUAGCUGCAAGUUUACCUGUGAGUUUUGCAUUGUAAAUAUCCCUAAAUGGCAUUUCCCUCCCAGCAGUAAACUUGUCAUGAGGAUAUAAAGUGUGUUGGCCUGAAAGAGAUCAUAAAUGAGAUCACAACACUUCUAUCUGUAGCACAUACAAGUAUACUUGAAGCUUAAAAUCAUUUUCCACUUUUUUUCAGAUGGCUUUCAUUUGACAUUUUUCCAGAAAUAAAAUCGGAGGAAGCAUAAGGUGAAUUGUCACAAGCACAAAGGCUUGUUGAUAUACAGCUGGUUUGAAAAAGACAUGCUAUUUUUUUAGAAUAACACUUUUUUGUUUGUUUACAGGGUUCCUGGUGGUCGUUACUUGUUUUGCCGUGUUUAAAUGUGAUUCUAAGAAAUAUCCAAAUAAAAAGUCUAUUUUUGUUUUAUCCCUACUGAUACCAUCACCUGACUAGUUUAGCCAAUGAUCAAAAUGAAGCUGCCUUUAACACGUUUUACUCUAGUUUAUCUCUAAAGUCUACUUGCUGAAUCUGUCAGUUUUCUGCUUCAAAUAAGCUUGUCACGCUAACACCCUGUCUACACCGAGCGCAAGCAGUUUUGCAUCGUAACGCCUUGAGACCGUUUACUCUGUAGGCGUCAACCGAACGUUCUUAACUGUUUGUUUGUCUUGUUGGCUGGAGUAGCACCAGCGCAUGCAGUGCCAAAUAGAACGGGCAUCCAUUAACAGUCGGCACAACAAGGCGCGAUUCGACGAACGCAGCUAGUGUAGACGGCGUCAAUGAUUUUAAUGGGAGCGAUUUUGCAUUUGCCUGGUGGAGGAAGGAUGUUAAGAAGCUUUGCAUCAAUUCAUAUUUAACUAAAAGAUGUUAAAUUUGUUCAAUUGUAAUUUUGGUGCCACUAUUGGCAACAAACUGAGUGGCAGUCUGAGUGGCCCGAUUGAGAUGGACAAAACAACAUUGGCUCCACCAAUGCCAUGAGAUUGGACAGAACUACAUGUUUUUUGACCAAUUGCAAAUCGCGAGUGUUUGAAACUUUAAAAACGGUCAUUAUUUUUGCAGUUCUAUUUGGUGACGAAAGUGGCUCUGAAAUUAUCCACUUCGAUUAAGAUGCCCAAUAUCGCUCCUAGCUCUGGGUUUCCAGGACUUUUUUGCGAUUAGGUUAUGUGCUUUUUUAUUUAUGAAGACUAGUGUAGCUUAAUUUUACAGAAUGUUCGCAAACAACAGACUGGUGCCAGCUUAUCAUGGGUAUUUCAAACAAUAUCUCAACUUUCAGUAACGGAAGUAAUUUUGGUCACUGAAUGGCUGUUUAUUAAAGAUGAUGCCGUUUAAAAAUUGCAUUUCGAGAUAAAAAUACUGUUCGUGUACAUUUUCCUCUCAGGAAAUGUCAUGUCAUUAAAACCUGCCAGGUCCAUAGCCAAAACAGAUCAGGUUGUCACAGGCUUUGAUCAUUUGGUGUGAUGAAGAAAGUGAAACAACCACAAGACAGAUAUUUCACAAAACUUUAGGUUAUGUGUAGGUUUAUGUCUUUUAAGCCUUCUUUUUUUCCUCCCCAAGCUCCAGAAAUCAGGGACCUUUGCUCACCUGAUUUCUGGAGACAUCACAAGGGCCAUAAAAUAGGUGUAAAACACAAGAAACUGCCCCACCUUUUUGGUUUUGAAUAGCUGGAAAACAAAUCAGUUAGUGUUUAAGGAAGGCUUCUGUUCAUUUUCAUUACUCAUCUACAACUCAUCUGCAGUGUUUUGGACACUAUGAGCAAAGGAAGACUAUCCUCAACUGGUGCACUGAGUAAGAUAAUGUACAGGUUGAGCUUUUACCUAAUUUUGAGAACUAAUUUUGAGCUUAGUCGUGGUAUGGAAGGUUUAUAUUCUAAGCAGAAGUUAUUUGAACAGCAUUUGAAAACAAUGUCAAGAUACUGAGAGAUGAGAAAUGCUCAGAUGCACCUUUUUGUCAGAGCAUGGAAAUAUGUGAUGAACUUGGCGGUAUUCGGAUGUGGAAGACACCCCUCUGUCCGCCUGGUUCUCUGGGCCUCGUUCGUCCUCUUUGAGGAUACAUGAGUGUCACUCAUCCUUCAGUCUUCAUAUACAUUGUCAAUUGUCAUUGCAUCAGUCCAUAAUACAGUUUGCCUUUGUACACAUCCAUUUUCCUUCACUCUUCUAUUUGCUUUUUAAAAAGAGAAAAAAUCAUGAAGAAAACAUUUGAUUUACUUUUGCAUAUUUUUUAAGUGUAUUUUCAAUAACAGGAGUCUCGUUCCUCCCGACAUGGUAUGGUGAUGGUGUAGUCUAUUGUACCUUUUCGGGAAACAAUACUGUGUAUUCUCUGCCUUUAACAGUCUUAAUUAUUUUACCUUCUGGAGAAGUUGAUGGAUACCCGUAGGACACAUCGAUUAUGUUAAAAAUAAAUACACAGAAUAAUAUUUUGCAACAUGUAUCAUUCCAAUAAAGUUUUAAUUGUUAA